CCUCGCUAAUUUACAUCACUAAUGUAUCAGUAAACAUACUUCUAAUAAGCUUACGCAUGUAGUAAUUCAUUACUACAUUUUUAGUGAUAGUUGGGUUACAGUCACCAUUGACCGAUGAAGUUUAUUUUUGGAGCAAGCAUAAUGAUAGAAAUGUCUUAAUAAAACUUAUGUAAACCAUUUUCUUUCUAACGCCCACUUCCCAGUGAUAGGUAUUAAUUCCAGAGUCAAGUAGUGGUGGUAAGGAUGUAGCGAUAUCAUUUUCUCAAAGGGUGGAAAUAUUUUACGGUCAUAGUAAAAGUGGUUGUAUAUACAACCACCCCAAACAUAUGUUUGGGGUGCAAAAUGCACGAUUGUUCGAGUUAGUACUUUCCGUUUGAAUAUAUAGAGAGAAGGGAGCUAAUCUCACCACUUUCAACAAGUUCUUAAGUAACCCAUACAUUUCACAAAUGUAACCCAACUAUUCUCCCCCUAUAGUAACCCACAAUGAUAUCUUGGAAAGAUUUCGUAACAAGCGAACACCCAGUUGCGAUUCUAUUUUUUCUCAUCACGUAUCAACUCCUCACUAACUACAUAUCUGCUUUAGUUACGGUCUCUUCAGUGGACCGUUUUAAAUGAACAUUAAGCAAUGGCAUGAAGCUUUAUCAGACUUUACAGGUGAAACUAUAAUUUAUGGAGGAACCAGUUAAUUAUUUGUGGUCACAUACUUAGUAACUUUUUUCCUUUUUAGUAGUACACAAUAAUGAUUAGUCGAGUACAUAUAAAGAAUUGUCCAGAUAAGGAAAAUUGCUGCCAUUCCCUGAAGGUCAUGGACUGUGUUACUAAUAUUGAGAAAUCCUUAAAUCGUGAAAUGAUUUUAAACGGUCCUAAUUUCUUAGCUGGGUUAUUUCGUUUUACUCCUUGUAUACAGCCGAAUAUUUUCCAGGUUGAGGAACGACGAAAACCAUUAACAUCUUAUCAGCCAAAACAUAAUAGACCUCAUGUGAACUUGUUUUCUCGAAUUUUAUCGGAAUCUAAUUGCUUACAUCCUCAGGAAUCCUUACAACUUUCUUCAAUUGAGGUGUUAAAUUUACGUAGUGAAAAUAAUAAAAAAUGUAUUACUGCACCAAUUAAUGAUGGAACUUUACCAAGUGAUGAAACAAUCAAAUCGGAAUUUCAUCAACAUGCAUAUAAAUCAACGCCUAAUCCUCCAGAAGAUGAAAAUAAUGGUGUUACUACCAGUCUUCAAAUUAUAAUAUCAGAGUCUAUGAAUAAAGAAGUUAAUAAUGAAUUAGCAUCAGAUGCCAAGAAACGUAAACAAGAACUAUUAAUUAAAUAUGAGAAAGCAAUGCAACCGAUAAUUUCAAUUGAUUUAUCACCAGAAUAUGAAAUUAAACUUUUAUCUUUAUUUCAAUAAAACUAUUUUAUUACAUCUUUCUUAAGAAUUCGUAUAUAUAGAUAUACACUGAUUGUAAUCAUAGAGUGUUGAUUAUUAAAUUUUAUACAUAGUUGAUUUGAAUAUAUUUUUUUCUAAAAAUAAAAGGGAAUUUAUUUAAAUAAA